AUGCAGGCGGCCACUGGGCGAGUGCCAUCUUCCAUGUGGGUGGCCAGCGAGCGUAAGCCAUCUCCUGCACAUCAUCUCCUACAAGGGUGGCUGGCGGUCACGCUUCAUCUCGCGCACAGGAGAUGUAAUCUGCUCUCUCGCGUCCGCCGCCCUGACCGGCGUCCCCUGUCAGCGGCCUCGACGCAGCAGGACCAUGCGGCCCCUGGACGUGGAGCUGAGGAGGACUUCGAGCAGCUGCUGCUGCUGGUCAUCCACCAGAUGCACGAGGAUGUGGGGGCGCUGGUGCGGGAGCGCGGGGCCUUCCUGCGGACGCUGGGCAAGCUGUGGGCGAUGAACAGUGUGCUGCUGGCCGGCACCACGCAGCUGCAGGCGGCCGAGCAUGGCCCCGGGGAGCCCGCGUCCGCCCGCGCUGACCAGCAGCCCCGCGAGGUGGCCAAGAUGGCCGAGAUGCUGGUCCAGCUGGUGCGGCGGAUAGAGCGCAGCGAGUCCUCCUGA